GGGGCGCUAAAGCGAGUGCACGCGGUUUUGUGGCGUGACAGUCAUCAGUGAUUUUGAGGAUUUCUUGGUGUCUCUGUGGAGCUGUUGAGGUUUCUCCUUACUGGAGGCUGUGGGAUCUUCCAUUCAUUCUGACCGCAGCCCAUAUACCGACUCCCCUCCAGCUUUGGAAGGUGGGCUGAGACCCAGGGUGAACAUGCCAGCUAAUAGGAAAUCACCCCAGAGGUUCCCUGCCCUGGUUCCAGGACAGCCUGGCAGAUCAUUUGAGGGAUCUGUGUCAUUUGAGGACGUGGCUGUGGAUUUUACCCGACAGGAAUGGCACAGACUGGACCCUGCUCAGAGGACCAUGCACAAGGAUGUGAUGUUGGAGAACUACAGCAACCUGGCAUCUGUGGGCCUCUGCGUGGCCAAGCCAGAGAUGAUCUUCAAGUUGGAGCGAGGAGAAGAGCUGUGGAUAUUAGAGGAGGAAUCCUCAGGCCAUGGAUACCCAGGAUCUCUCUCAAUGCUGUGUGGCAACAAUUCUGUUGGGGGUAAUGCCGUCCCGCAUGAUAAUGACCUUCGGCAUCAGAGGAUUCAAACUUUGGAUCAAGCUGUUGAAUAUAAUGGAUAUGGGAAAGUCUUCUACAAGAAAACAGGCUUUGUUGGACAUAAAAGAACACACACAGGAGUAAAAAACUUUGGAUGUCAUGAAUGUGGGAAAACUUACUGCAGGAAAUCAAAUCUUAUUGAACAUCUGAGAAUACACACAGGGGAGAGACCUUAUAAAUGUGGUGAAUGUGCAAAGACCUUUAGUGCAAGAUCAUACCUCAUUGCUCAUCAGAAAACUCACACAGGGGAGAAACCCUUUGAAUGUAAUGAAUGUAGGAAAUCUUUUGGCAGGAAGUCACAACUCAUUCUACAUCAGAGAACACACACAGGAGAGAGACCCUAUGAAUGUACUGAAUGUGGGAAAACCUUUUCUGAGAAGGCAACCCUCAUGAUUCAUCAGAGAACUCACACAGGAGAGAAGCCCUAUGAAUGUAGUGAAUGUGGAAAAACAUUUCGAGUUAAGAUAUCCCUUACCCAACACCAGAGAACUCACACAGGGGAGAAACCAUAUGAAUGUGGUGACUGUGGGAAAAACUUCCGUGCAAAGAAAUCCCUAAAUCAACAUCAAAGAAUUCACACAGGUGAGAAACCCUAUAAAUGUGAUGAAUGUGGGAAAUUCUUCAGAAUGAAAAUGACUCUCAAUAAUCAUCAGAGAACUCACACAGGUGAAAAACCCUAUCAAUGCAAUGAAUGUGGGAAAUCUUUCAGGGUACACUCAUCUCUUGGGAUACAUCAGCGAAUUCACACAGGAGAGAAACCUUACGAAUGUAAUAAAUGCGGUAAUGCCUUUUAUGUGAAAGCACGCCUCAUUGAACAUCAGAGAAUGCAUUCUGGAGAGAAACCCUAUGAAUGUGGUGAAUGUGGAAAAAUCUUCAGUAUGAAGAAAUCCCUUUGUCAACACCAGAGAACUCACACAGGAGAGAAACCCUAUGAAUGUAGUGAAUGCGGAAAUGCCUUCUAUGUCAAAGUACGCCUCAUUGAACAUCAGCGAAUUCACACAGGAGAGAGACCCUUUGAAUGUCAAGAAUGUGGGAAAGCCUUUUGCCGGAAAGCACACCUCACAGAACAUCAGAGAACUCACAUAGGCCGGCCCUUGCCUUGUACUGUGGAGAAAGCUUCUUUGUGA